GGAUGAAGUCGUCCCCAGGGUUAUGUGAUAGUUCACGUCCAACAAAUUCGUCCAACAUGGCGGUAAAAAGUGAGAAGGUUUUUGGAAGCCGCGCGAAACAGGGUCGAAGGACGGCCAAAUGAAUAUUUGUCAACUGCCGCUUGAAUUAAUAGAUGAGAUUUUGAAACAUCUAGAUUCGAUUUCGCUCGUUAAAUCACGAGAAGUCUGUCGAUCAUGGCGUGCUUUGCACUUCCAACGAAAGUACAAUUUGGUUUGGAGAUGCCUCUGUUUAAGAGACAUAGAUCGGGAUAUUUUGAUCGAAAUAACUGGAAAAAGAGUCAUCUUUGGAUGCGAAGAUCCUGAUUCCUCCAACAAUAGUAAAAAACAUGCCUCACUGAUUGACGGUGUAGACUGGGCGGCGGUUUAUCGAGAAUGGUUCCGUAGCCGCCAUGUUGGCAAGUGGCCAAGUAUGUCAUGUGAGUUUAACUGUCACAGAGGUGAGUAAAAUGUUACUUACCUACCUCCUGGCGAGACAGACGCCGGUAAUUUUUAGUGGGCGGGACAACGCAAGAACAUAGCAAAAUGUACAUAAAAUGUUGAAAAUUCAUCAUUCAAAAAAAAAAAAUACUUGGUUAGGGACAGGAAACCCUUGCACUUGUCAGUCAAUGGCCCUCUCCUUAGUGGAGGGACCAGCCCCCUGAGCUGCAAAUAUAAUUUGGUCUUUUGAUAAUGUCUUGCCCAAAUUGCAAAAUACCUGGCCCACUAAGUAUCUAACUUAAAAAACUGCUCCUGCAAUCCCACAGUUGUCCGAUUUCCAUAAUAAAUUCUGACAUCAACUGCAGGGGUGCUGGGCUGCGGAAGCACUAGUAUACCUCGUUUUAUAAGCACACUAGUUACUUGAUAUCGAUUGUGGGAGUGCGGGACUGCAGGAGCACUCGUUUUACUCAUUUAGAUUGAACUAUUCGGCAUAAUAGAACACGACUGCAGGACUACAGGAGCAGUUUUUCAAACUGCCUUGUCUGAUGAAAUCCUACCUUCAGUCUGGAUUGAAGAUUCAAUCAUUAAGAAGGUAAAGAAUGUCUCAAAUGAAUGGAAUGGUUAUGUAGAAAUUGUUAGACUUUCUUGAGUUUAGAAAUUUCUAGGUAAUAUUAUUUUUCUACUUACAGAAAAAAGCCAUUGUGUGCCUCUGGAACGAGACACUUGCACACAGUCUUUAUCUUUUUUAUCUAAUCUAACAGUACCUAUUAUCUUUGCUAACGGCAGGUGCAGUUUUGGAUAUUAAGUACUCUGGUGAUCGAUUGGUAACUUGUGGGGAGGAUGGUACCAUUCGCGUAUGGGAUAGCUGGACAGGUCACUGCGUAAGAUCUAUUACAGCUCAUCAAAGGGCUGUGCUGUCUAUUUCUCUGAGGCAAGCACCAGGUUUGUAGAGUUUUUACGCCAGACACCUAUUCCUAGACUAUAAACUCUUCUUUCUACAUAUAAAUUAUUAUCGUAUUCCCAUGGUAUUUUUUAGGAUCGUCACCUCAUGCCGACAUGCCCCACGACUUGAUGAUAUCCGGUUCUAAAGAUUGUUCAGUUAAAGUCUGGGAGUUAAAUAUCGCAGGUCCUGCUCUUUUCACUAUGCAUGGACAUGUUGCUUGUGUCAACUGUGUUGCUGUGGAGUCUAACUUAGCAGCUUCUGCUUCAGACGAUGGUUCCAUUAGAGUCUGGGAUAUCACAACGGUUUGUUUUUAUAACUUUAUUACAAAGCAUGCAACAACCAUCAUCAGCAUUGUGAGGUGACAGGUUGUGUAACAGAAAAGUUACAAAUCUCCAAGUCACGUGACCCAACCCAAGUUACAAUUCCCUAAGUCAACAGAAAAGUUGCAAAUCCCUAAGUCACCUCACGAUGCUGACAAAGUCUGAAAGAUUUGAACAAAAUAUUUAUUCGUCGUCAUAUUUAUUGCUCUGGGUUUUGGAAUUUCCUGUACUAAUGUCUUUGCAACAGCGGGUGAAAAACCUUUUUGGUAACCUUGUUUUCCAUUGUUUUCAGGGUCAGUGCUGCCAUGUGCUCAGUAACCUAGGGGAGUGGGUGAAGUAUGUGAGAUUUUGGACACAGGAAACCCUCCUUUUUGUCACUGACAACUGUAACUCCGUUUUAUGGUGAGUAUCUGCCAAUUUCAUUUCCUUGGUCCCUUCUUUUUUUUUCUGCUCUCUUGCUGUAGGAGCUGGAAGGAGAGAGACCUGGGAAUAAGCUUGAGUAUGAGCUUUGCAGUCAAAUCAAGGGGGACUGGGUAUGAUUUUGUGUAUUAUGAGAUAAACAACACAAGAGCUACAAAGUCAGAAAGAGUACACCAAGCUUAGCAAAACUCUCAGGUUUGGUGUUGAGAAAUGAAUGGAUUGCCACGCACUGUCUGGACAUCUAUAUAUUUCUUAGAAAAUUGUGGAAGUUUUUGAAAGCCUGUAUCAGUCUCAUUCAGUAUUGACUCGAUAAACACCAGCCUUGAUGAUGUUUAAAAGUUCAGACUGCUACUUUGGGCUAUGUGGGUUCCAUGUUGUUGCAUGAUCCCAUAAUUCAUGGACUCAUAGCCAGUCAUAGCCCCCGUCAGUUUGCACCAUUAUAUAGCAAAUGAAUUUAAGUUAUGUAUUAAACAUGAAUGUUAUUUUUUGAUGUUUUGUUUUGCAGGUCCGUGAAAGGUUGGAAGCCCUUAUCAUCUGUUCAAUUGUCUGAUACAACGACUCAAGGCAGCUCAUCACCCUUAAACCCAGGGGUACAGGGUGCUGUCCUCAGGGGUCAAACAUCACUUGUGUUAACACACUCAUAUGGACUUUUCUCUUGGUAAAUAUUUAAGAGUUAUUGGACAAGCAAAAUAUUGUGUUUUAUCAUUGGCGAGCGGAUCAAUAAUAAUAAAUUAUUAUUACUAUUUGCCGAAUUCAUUCAGUCACUGAGUUUGUUUUUUGAUAAAUAUCUUUGGGAAGCUGCCAUUUUCACACAAGAGCCAUUGCAAGAAGGAGAAAAGCGUGGUUUCAUUUGUGCAUAAGUAGAAUGUCAUUUGCAGCCAAACACAGUUGGACGAAAUUGCGCAUGAGCAGGAAUGAGCAGGCCAUUAUUUGUAGGCAGUUAUGUGCAGGUCACUUGGUGGGCUGUAGGCCAAUGAAAAGGAAGAAAAAAUUGCACCAGAUGAUAACAGCCCUUCUUAACCCUUUAAACCCUAACAUCAAAAUUCAAAUUCUCAUUUGUUAUCCCUAUACGUUUUCAAUAGAAGUAGUGGGGAGAAUUUGUUGGAGUAUCAAUUUAGAUUCAUCUUGUGUGAUCAUGUCCUUAAUUCUCACCUCUGUUUUAUAAAGAUGAUAUACAUGGAGAAAACAUCCCUUCUUAAAGGGUUAAUAUACGCUAAUGCAGCAUCUAAUUAAAUGUCAUGUAAAGGUAGAGCAACAAAUGUCACGGCUUUACAAUGGCAACAUACUUCACAUCGGCAGGUGAUACAUAUUGUUUCUCUCUUUCUACCCCCAUUUUUAGGGAGAACCAAUCAGAUAGUAGCUUCAUACAUAACUUUUCUCUGAUUGGUGAACAUACUCAGAAUGUUCAACGAGGAGAAUGUUUAGCUAUGUAUGGAGCUUUGGUUGCCAUAGGAACACGUUCAGGUGCAGUUUUUGUGUACCACGUUAAUGGGAAGUGGAAAGAUCAGGUGAGUAAACCUAAAAACUCUUAACUGAAGCAGAUUAUAUGGUGCACUUCAAUACUUCCCCUCACUAUUAUAGAUGAUUUCCUGCAUUUUUCUGAGAUACAUGUUUAUCUUCAUUAGUUUUCAAUGUAUCACAGGCCAUUACUUGGUGGGCUUGAUUCCGCUGCUCUCUUCAAGAAAAGAACAGUGACUCAUUUACAGAACAGAGACUGCUAAUCGAGCCUAGCCUUCUGGUAGGGUGCAAAAUGAUUAAGAUAUUAUGCAGAAUUUUCAGCUGGUCAGAAAAGGUGUCAGGUGAUUUCUCAUUCGUUGCCCCUAAAUGUUUGUAAUAGUGUAAACAAACUUCCUACUAAGUGACAAUUUUAUUAUUAUCCAACUGAUUUGGUAAAUACUAAAACAACUAUUCCCCUCAGGGUCGGUGAACAGCACGUCUCGGUAUAUUCACCACUAUUCACCUAACCUCCCCCUCAGGGGAUAGUUGUAAAAUAUACGUUGAUAGUAAAGCAUUUUUUUUCCUUUUAGUUUUCUAAGGUUCACUGUGUGUUGCAUACAAGUCAGUCACCCGUCAAUGCAGUUGCCAUUGCUGAUGAUGGCGAGGGUCCAGUUCUGGCCACUGGGGGAGACGAUGGAAUUGUAAAGGUCCUUCGCUGGUUUCCACCAAGUAUACAGAAUGGUUAAAACUUCCCAAGAGGUACAAUGUAGUAGUGACAAGUGAAAGUCAGGGAAUACACAAACUUAUCAAAAUACAGCACCAUUUUAAAUUUAUGCAUAAUGAAAUAUGAGGUAUUAUUUGGCUAGAGUUCUCUGACCAGGUUAUUAUUUUAUACAAGUACAAGAGAAUUUAAUUUAUUUAUUAUUUUGUAUGUAAGGCCUGAUUCAAGUGAAAACAACAACAAUAUUACCAAACCAAACUGAUUCAAAUGCUGUUCUUCUGUCAUGCCUACUUUAUCAGUUAAGUUGCGCCAGGCUCAUGACAGUUUAAAACCAGGCGUAACUGAACAUAAGAGACAAAGAGAAAGAAUAAAAUAGAUAUGAAGUGAGACUUCAAUUUAUUGACCAUUCUUUUUACUGAAAAAUAC